CUGGGACUCAAAAAUACUACUUUAUUAAGAAAAUAUCCCAUUUGGCUUUUAGUACCACAAAAAGAAAGUCAUUUCCUUCAGUCAACACAAUGAAUCAGCUUUCUUACAGCCGUGGUGUGUCAUCUGUGCCCAAGUCCUUCACCAGUGCAUCCGUGCAUUCUCCCAUCGGUAUUUCCAGGAGAUCUCCUACAGCAUUUAGUUCUGCCACCAUUUACAGAGUCCAGCCCACAAAAUCCCUGCUGCAGUUCUGUCAAGUGCUCGAUGGCUUUGGUGGUGGUCUGACCCUCCCAGGCAGUGGGUCUGCUGCUGACAUAGGAAACAACGAGAAAGAAACAAUGCAUCACCUGAACAACCGUCUUGCUAAUUACCUUGAUAAGGUUCGUUCCUUGGAAGAGAAAAACAAGGAUCUGGAAAGGAAGAUCCAGAAGCAUUCAUCUGGAAGGUCCUUCCAAGGCUUUGACUGGGAUGCAUAUGAGCUGAAAGUGAGGCCUCUUCAGCAGCAGAUAAAAGAUCUUAUCAAUGAAAAUGCUCGAUUGACUCUGCAAAUAGACAAUGCCCGUCUGGCAAGUGAUGAUUUCAGAAACAAGUGGGAAACUGAAGUAGUUCUGUGCCAGUCUGUACAGGCCGAUCUUCAAGGGCUGCAAAACAUUAAGAAAGACUAUAUACCUGUUCUUGCCAGCCUACAGAAUGAAGUUUCCAGCCUUCAAGAUGAGCGGGAUUACCUCAAGAGAAACCAUGAGGAGGAAAUGGAGCAGUUACGAAAGCAGGCCACUGGAACGGUAAAUGUGGAAGUUGACUGCACCCCUGGAGAUGACCUCAACAAGGUGCUGGAUGAAAUGCGAGAAGAGUAUGAAAACACAGUAAGACAAAGUCGUGAUGAAGCAGAGGCCUGGUACAAGAAACAGGCUGAAAUUCACUGUCUUCAGACCACUCAAGACACAGAUGCCCUUGAUGCAGCAAAAUCAGAGUUGGCUGAUCUCCGCCGACAGUUCAACAACCUUCAGGCAGAUCUGGAGACAACUCGUGGAAUAAACGUAUCCUUGGGCAACAACUUGCGUGACACUGAAAUGCAGAGUGGGAAUGACCUACGAGCGUACCAGCAAUCCAUCCAAAAGCUGGAGGCAGAACUAGCCCAGAUUCGAGCAGACAUUGGACAGAGCAGCCAGGAUUAUCAGGAAUUACUGAAUAUCAAGGUGAAAUUGGAGAAGGAGAUCCAAACCUACCGACAGCUCCUGGAAGGGGCGGAACAGGGCUCACCUGCUUCCUUUGGAAAAGAUUCAAGUACCAAACUGAAAUGAAAAUUAUAACCACACUGUGAAGACAGACAUCAACAGAAAUAAUCGUCUCAAAAAGAAGAAUAGAGUGAGGAAAAUGAAGAAACGGGUUGACAAUAUGAAUAACAUUUGUGUUUUUUUGUUCAAGUUUUAAGUCUGACUUUAGAAAUGAGUUUAUAAAUAAAG